UAGUUACAUUUUACAUUUUAUGACCAACACAAAUCCCAUAAAAGAGAGAGGCACAGAAGCAAUGAACCGACAGAGUUUGAAGAGAUUUCAGUUCCGGAGAUGGGGAAAACGAAUCGGAAACUCAACGACUACGGCCUCAGCUAAGCUAGGAAACUCAGAGGAAAGAACGAUUGUGGCGUUUGGGUUCUCAUCAUCAUGUUUUGGGAAACCUCCUCGCGUUCUCGUGAAGCAAUUUGUUUGGAGGUUGAAAUCGCGUUUGAGACUGUCCAGGAAGAGUGAUACUCACAAUAUUCAGUGUAGCUAUGAUCUCCGGAGCUAUCAUCUGAAUUUCGACGACGGUUGGUCUCGUCGGCGAUAAUUUCAAACUUUCGUAUUAUUAUAUUAUCUAUUUUUGGAGCCAUAUAUUGUCGUGUUUUGUAUAUAGUUAAAGUCUCAAUCUAAAAGAAAAAAGAAAACAUUUUUGUUCAUAUGCUUUGUAUAUUUUGUCGAAUAAAGGGAAAAACAUAUCUCAGAAAGAUAUCAAUGUUUUAUGCUUUUAUUUAUUAAUAUGAAAUCAUCUCUAUUUCUUCA